CCUUUCCGCACGCGCGCACCCAACUGUUGCGCUACACGGACAAACGGCGAGGCAGAAAAACAACGCUGUGCUCGUCUGACAGCAACUUCCACAUACUCUGCGGGGAAUUAUUCUCUCCUGUUUCUGCGAUGGCUGAUGUCAUACAAAGCAACGAGCAGUCCUCAUCUGACGUCGCAAAUCGAUUCGCCCGUAAAGGUGCUUUGAGGCAGAAAAACGUCCACGAAGUGAAAAACCACAAAUUUAUCGCGAGGUUUUUCAAGCAGCCGACUUUCUGCAGUCACUGCACCGACUUUAUUUGGGGGUUUGGAAAGCAAGGAUUUCAGUGCCAAGUGUGCUGUUUUGUGGUCCAUAAACGUUGCCAUGAAUUUGUCACAUUCUCAUGCCCUGGAGCUGAUAAAGGGCCAGACACAGACGACCCUAGAAGCAAGCACAAGUUUAAGAUCCACACCUAUGGCAGUCCUACGUUCUGUGACCACUGUGGAUCUCUACUGUAUGGGCUCAUACACCAAGGGAUGAAAUGUGACUCUUGUGAUAUGAACGUCCAUAAGCAGUGUGUGAUGAAUGUGCCAAGCCUUUGUGGAACGGACCACACAGAGAGACGAGGACGUGUUUACUUGAAGAUCGAGGUGAUAGGAGACAAAAUGCAUGUCACAGUUGGGGAAGGGAAGAACCUGAUUCCAAUGGACCCUAAUGGAUUGUCUGAUCCAUAUGUAAAACUCAAGUUGAUUCCAGACCCUAAACAUGAGACGAAACAGAAAACAAAAACCAUCCGUUCUUCCCUGAAUCCGGCUUGGAACGAGUCAUUUACAUUUAAAUUGAAGCCAGCGGAUAAGGACCGUCGGCUGUCUGUGGAGGUGUGGGACUGGGACAGAACCACCCGUAAUGAUUUCAUGGGCUCAAUGUCGUUUGGUGUGUCUGAGCUCAUGAAAGCCUCAGUGUGUGGAUGGUAUAAAAUGUUAAACCAGGAGGAGGGGGAGUACUACAAUGUGCCCAUUCCAGAUGAAGAUGAUGAAGAUACCGAGCUCCGACAGAAGUUUGAGGAUCAGACUUUAGAGGACCUUGAGCAGAAAGCCAAAUUGGGUCCAACCAAAAAAAUCACCACCCUGGAUGACAGCGGGUCCACUUUACCCUCAAGCAGCUUGGAUAGUGUCAAACUCACAGACUUUAAUUUCUUGGCAGUAUUGGGAAAAGGCAGCUUUGGAAAGGUGAUGCUGGCUGAGAUGAAGUCUUCUGAUGAACUAUAUGCUAUAAAGAUCCUGAAGAAGGAUGUGGUCAUCCAGGAUGAUGAUGUUGAAUGCACCAUGGUGGAGAAGCGGGUUCUGGCUCAGCAAGACAAACCUCCAUUCCUCACCCAGCUCCACUCCUGCUUUCAGACUGUGGAUCGUCUGUAUUUUGUGAUGGAGUAUGUUAAUGGUGGUGAUCUGAUGUACCACAUCCAGCAAGUGGGCAAAUUUAAGGAGCCGCAAGCAGUGUUCUACGCUGCAGAGAUAGCUGUUGGGCUUUUGUUCUUGCACAAGAAAGGAGUCAUAUACAGGGAUCUGAAAUUAGAUAAUGUCAUGCUGGAUGCAGAGGGUCACAUUAAGAUUGCAGACUUCGGUAUGUGCAAGGAGAACAUCGUGGAGGGGGUGACCACCCGUACAUUCUGUGGAACGCCGGACUACAUUGCUCCAGAGAUAAUAGCAUAUCAGCCAUAUGGACGUUCUGUGGACUGGUGGGCUUAUGGAGUCCUGCUGUAUGAGAUGCUGGCGGGACAGCCUCCAUUUGAUGGUGAGGAUGAAGAUGAACUUUUCCAGUCUAUUAUGGAGCACAACGUCUCCUACCCUAAAGCCAUGUCCAAAGAAGCAGUUUCAAUCUGCAAAGGGCUCAUGACAAAACACCCUUCAAAGCGUCUGGGCUGCAGCCUAGAGGGGGAGAGAGAUAUUCGGGAACAUGCUUUCUUCCGUCGGAUUGACUGGGAACGUCUGGAAAAUAGAGAAAUACAGCCUCCAUUCAAACCCAAAGUGUGUGGAAAAGGGGCAGAGAACUUUGACAAGUUCUUCACGCGCACACAGCCACAGCUGACCCCUCCUGAUGAGCUGGUCAUCGCCAACAUCGACCAGGCUGAAUUUGAUGGAUUUUCCUUCAUCAACCCUCAAUUCGUCCAUCCUUCCGUCAUAAAUAGUGAAUAAAACAGGAAAAAGAUGGAAUGAAUGUGAAUCUACCUACUACCCCAAAACUCUGCCCUUGCCUUUACCCUUUUAUCUAACAAUGUUAAACCAAAACCACAGUUAGCUCCAAUCAUUCUGUCUUUUUUUUUUUUUUUUUAAAAUUUUGCAUUUCUUUUUCACAUCAUUUCAAUGUAGGCCAGUCGAAGAGUUUACCUUAAUGAUUGAAAAUAGAUCGAGAGAGGUUUUUUUGAGACAAACUCUGGUUAGGAAGGGCUGUUUACAUUACAAACCGAUUGUCUGGCUCGAUGCGGACCAGUUUUUAAAAGUCUAGGAAGCCGUUUUAUCUCAAGCCACAUCUAAAGCCCCAUAAGAGAUACAGAGUUGUGUGCUUCCUAAGAGUCUUCCCAUUCAGGAUUUCCAAGGUAAUUGCCAAAGCCAAUGGGGUUUCUGUCUUCCCCUUAGCACUACACCAAUUUAUCUAUUUACAGAAUCACUCGCUCUUUGGAGUCUCCAGUGUUUUCUCUUUGUAAGUGUCGUUAAAUGUUUUAAAUAAAAUACUAAACAUCUCUCAGUCUAAUAUUUGCACAUAUUUCAGGUAUGACUUGGCACACCAGUUCAACAACUUGUUUGCAAUUCUGUUUGUCCUGUAGUAAAAAGGUUUCAUGAGAUGUUGUGAAAGGUUUCAUGUUUCAAGUGUUUUAUUUAAUAUGCUAUGUUGUUGCAUAUAAAUGGUUUUAUUUUACUGCAAACAGAUGCAUACUUUUUACCCAUAAAAAAUGACAAAAUAAUAAAGGUAUUACCUCGUUAUCCCUUUAAUUCACCAAGUGUUUUUAAAAUAUCCUCUUUUAUCCACCAUAAUAGAAAAUAUCCUGGGAACAUGAAAAAAAAUGUUGUGAGCGUGUGUUUUUUUUUUAGUUUGUUUGAGUAAUGAGGGAUAUUAUGAGAGCGAGAAAUAUUUAAUUGUUGGCAUUUAUGUCAAGCUCAAAUUAUUUUGUUCUUAAACUCAUCGUCUGCAUAGAAGUAAAUACUGAAUAGUAAAUGCUCAUUUCUGCCGAAUUACCUUUACAUCAUUAUGGAUUUGCAUAAUUGAUUGUAAAAUGUAACACCGUUACGCCAUAUUUCUCCCCUUGCUGCUUCAACAUUUCGGUUAUAAUAAUACAUGCUAUUUAAACAGUAUAAGAACCUUUUAAAACCAACUUAAUGUGACUUCAUUGCUUUACAAUGGUGAAAUUUAGAGCGAGGGGAAAAAAAUUAUAAUAAGUUUGCAUUAAAGAGGUAGUUCACCCAAAAACACGAAAGAAGAUAUUGUGAAAAAUGUCAUCAGGCAAACAGUAGCCGGCAGCCAUUGACUUCCACUGUAUUCUUCCCAUACUAUGGAAGUCAAUGGCUACCAUCUACUGUUUGGUUACCAGCAUAAGUAAAUGAUGACAGAUUUUUCAUUUUUGGGUGAACUCUCCCUUUACUAUAAAACCGAGGUUGAAUUAUUAGCUGGUUUAAAUGUUUUUAGUAACUUUCAUAGUCCAGUUUUAUGAUUAUUGACCCUUUUAAAUAUGUAAUUUUGUAUUAACCACAUCUUUACACAGUGCUAUUAUUCAGGUAGAUAUUUGUGUAAUGGUUAUCAUUGGUGUGUACUGUUGUAAACACUGUAACAUGACAUGGAAAUGACCUUGUACUUUGCAUAACGAAAUCAUUUACAAAUGUGCUUUCGCCGUUCAAUUUUCCAACUGUACUUUGUCAAAACACCUUAGCUUUUGGCUGUAAUGUGUGACCUAAAUGGACUCCCUGGUUCUAAAGCGCUCUCAUCCUACUAUGGUCUGAUAACUUGCCUUCGCUUGCAUGCUUUGGUAUGAAAAUCCACUUGAGAAGAUUUGUGUGUAUUUAUGAAGAAUGUUUUGUUAUCAGUGGAAUAUAAAAUUGAGAUUAUAAGCUCAUUACAGCAUGGAGUAUGAACAAGGCCGAUACAUCUAAAAUAUAUUUCUCACUUAUUUAACAAUCAUUUUAAUGUCUUGAUAUCGUAGUUUGUGGUUCUGUAUGUUCUUCCCAUCUUUUCCGGCUGUUAGAAGUAAUGCGAAGUAUGUAGUAAAUUUCAGAAUUAGAUCAAAAUCACACAUGGGAUAAUUGGCUUGGUUAGAUUGUAGAUCACGGGUGUCAGUUUUCUUCUAGCACUAAUGUACUUGCCUGUUUAAUAUCUGAAAAUGUGACAUCAUACCUGUAGCUCAAUCAGCUCAAUUCUGUCUUAUUUUUUCUGUGAUUUAUUGAUUUCGACCCUGCCAUAGCAUCCCUUAUGCAAACUCCCAUCUUUAUUUUCUUGGGUCUUUCCAAAACCUUGCUUUGUAUCGGUGCCACGCUGAACCCGGCCACAAAGAUGUUUGCCAGUAUUGAAUCCAGUAUUUAGUGCAUUGAUCUCCUGUAGCCAUCCUGUUAACUGAAUGCCGUUACUGCUCUUGAGAUGGCAUCGAAGCAUCUUUUGCUCUGUGUAUCUACCCUGGCUGUUGUGAAGAAAGCUGCAUGACCAUCUUUAAAACACGGCAUGCUUUUGAGUUUCCUCUGCUGUAAGAUGAUCCAUCUGCCUUACCCUGUUCUUUCUAUUCCUGUGCUGCUGAAUUAAUGAUCGAAAUCACGAACAAAUGAAUGAAUGAACUGCUGAUAUUAUUGCUUGUUUGUUUAGCUGUCCCUUAAAGGAAAAGUUCACCCAAAAAUGUAAAUUCUGUCAUCAUGACCAUACAAAUCUACAGGUUUGGAAGGACAACCCUGACUACGUGACAGAAUGGAGUGAACUAAUCUUUUAAAUGUGCCGUAUCUGCUUUCUGUAGCCAUCUGUUGUAAUCGGUUUUAAUUCAUUCUUUAUUAUUUUUCACACCCAAAUGAUAAAAAUAAGGUGAAAUGACCCAGUUAGCGUUUCAUGUUUGUUCCAGUACUGUUAAGUUUUGUGUUUGUUGAAGAGAAGAGCAAGAACUCCUCGUUUUAUCCUAUUUUUUCAUAACUCUGUGUUCUUGAUGUGUAGAUUGAUGAGUUCAUCGCUGUGUUGUCCUUUUGCUUGGUGUGAUUUUAUUUUCAUCUGUUGAGUUUUUCAUUUAGAAGACAAAAUCAACAGAAUGCCUUACUUUGCUCUCUUUCUGUCUCUCUAAAUAGCAAAGUCCUGAAUUAAACCCAAAGCAUUAUCUCUGUUCUUACAUGCUAAUAUUGAUCCAAGACACGUAUAAUAAACCAAGUGAAAUGUUGUAUUUUGUAGCAGUGUAUGUUAGCCCUGCCUUCGUUGUCUUAACAGAUUACAUGCUUUUUCCAUGCAAUCCUUGUUGCCAUUUAUACCUAAUGUAUGAUAUUGCAAAUAAAGAAGGGAAAAUGAA